AUGAUGGUUUUGGGUCUAGGAUCAGGACCGAACGUGUGGGCGGAGUCUCUGGACGCAGUGAAUUUGUCAGCAGUGUCAGGUGGCGACACCACACUGUCUUGCAACUCUCACUCUCCACAACCGCCUGAUGCACUGCUACUCGUCGUGUGGUAUAAAAACAACAUGCCAAUUUACAGUUACGAUGGUCGCGUAAAAGGGCCCUCUGCACACUGGGCCGAUGAAACGCUGGUGGGCCGUGCGAAAUGGCACCUUCCUCCACACUCUGUGCUCCACAUCCGAAAUAUCGUUCCAACAGAUCGGGCUCUUUAUCGCUGCAGAGUUGAUUUUAAAGUAUCUCCAACAAGAAACUAUAAGUACAUGCUACAAGUGAUUGAACUUCCAGAAAAACCAAAAAUAUUUGAUGAAAAGGAUAAAGAGAUUAUAGGAACGGGCGGACCAUACGUAGAAGAUUCAAGUCUCAAGCUUACUUGUGUUGUAAGUGGAGGUAGACCAAUGCCACGCAUACGAUGGUGGAAAAAGGAUAAAGUUAUCGCUCAACUGGAUCCAGUCGAGGAUGAGACACGACUCAGUCUCCUAGAACUAAGGAUUUCUUAUCUAAAGAGGGAACACUUCGAAGCGGUUUACAGUUGUACAGCUGAUAAUACUCCGAUAGUGCCGCCUUUACGAAUCAGCGUGCAAAUACAAAUGUACUUGAGGCCAUUAUCAGUUGAAAUCUUGGCAAGAGAGCAACCUUUGUCUGUGGGUCAAGAAACAAAUAUAGCUUGUAAAGCUGUUGGUGCUAGACCGCCUGCAACCAUUACUUGGUGGCUCGGUGACAAAAAGAUGGUUGUGAAUACUCCACAAAUGGGUCAGGUAAUGACACAAUACCAACGUGCUGGAGUAAUAGCUGGGUCGGCGCACCUCGCUUUACAGAGUGUGUCGCGGGAUCAGGCCGGCCACUAUGUCUGCGUUGCAAGCAACGUGGAAGGGGAUGGACGAUCACUUCCAGUGCCUCUUCAAGUUAUUUAUAAACCUAUAUGCAAGAACACGAUGACAACAAUAGUAGGCGCAGCUAUCAACGAAGCAGCUAGAAUCGCCUGUGAAGUAGAUGCCUUCCCCCUGCCCAAGAACUUUCAAUGGACACUCAGUAACAGUUUGGGAACUACUGAGUUAGACACGGGAAAGUUCACGAUAGAAAAGUCUGGUCGUUCAAUUCUCACGUACAUACCAACGUCUGACAUGAAUUAUGGGUCGUUGGCCUGUCGAGCUAUAAACUUGGCUGGACAACAAACAGAGCCUUGCAGUUACACCCUGCUACCGGCUGUCAAGCCGGACCCGCCUGCUAACUGUUCGACCUUGAACGUGACUGAUGACUCAGCCGAAGUAAAAUGUGUUGCUGGCUAUGAUGGAGGUCUCCAAACUACGUAUUUCGUGGAAGCAUGGGAAGGGGAAGAAUUAAUAGCAAAUGUGUCAACAAUACUUCCCGUUUGGCAGUUACAAGGGCUUCGAUCUGGGAAGGCAUUGCAUCUCGUGUUUUACGCUUUCAAUGCAGGGGGGAGAUCUGAAUUAACUACGCUUAGAAUACAUACGUCGUCAAGAUUACAUACGGAAGCGAAGAACGAUUAUAUGAUAAUUGACAAGAACUGGAUCCUGGGUAUUGUAGCGAGUGCAUUGGGUACGCUUGCUGCUGUAGCUGUCAUUAUCGUCUUGGCUCGAAGGCGACAGAGGCCUUUGGAGUAUGAUGUUCCAUUACAAGCUAUGAAAGAGUGUAAGGGUGCAAUGCGUAGCUCUAACCAUUCACCUAUACAAGACGACAAGAACCCAGACGUAGUACCUUUUGGAAAAGACUUCAUUUGUACUAAGGAUUCAGAGCUCCCUCCGGAACCUCCACCUUACGGGGUAGCCCUAUCGAAUAUUCAACCGGUGGGUGUGUCUAAAAGCGCGCACAGUCUUCACGAUCGAGCAAAAACACCGCAUACUCAUCACACGCCUGGAUCCGAGGAACAGAGCAUCAGCACACUCACUGAAGAUCGGAGGAGUAUGACGAGUGGACCACUAUCACAACGAAGGGAGGUCGUCACGACAAGGACCACAUUUUUAACCAACGCCAGAGAGAGUUGCGUUUAA